CGGCGCGUUCGUUUAGCGCAUGCGCAUGAGAUCCACGAAAGAUUUCAUUCUAGUUCCAGACUCAACGAGCUAGAGUCUCCACGCCGCCAUCGCGAGCCUGUGGCCGGCUUUGAACGUUGCUAGUAUUGGGUGUGGUCGUGUGAGUGUACAAUGCGAUGUUAAUAUGUGUCAGAGCAGGGUCCUGUUCACGGUGCGGCCGUGCUAGCGAGGGCCGCGGCAUGGCGGGCCGCGCCUCUCGCACUCCAGCCCCCUCUCUCACAACAUGACCGACCUGCAGGCAACCUUCGAAUUCUCCGUCGAAUUGUACAAGUUCUACAAUGUUGACCUCUUCCAAAGAGGGCUAUACCAAGUCCGCGUGGGUCUGCGCGUAUCGCCGAAGGUUCCAGUCCACAUCGAGGCCUCCGUGUCGAGCGGCAAUGGCGCCGCGAGGACCGGCAGGCCGGCGGCGAACGCUUCCCUCAUCGGCGGCCUCGCGGCCUCCAGAGCCUUCCAGAUCAUGUACAGGAACGAAGAGGUCACGUUGCGGGAUAUUGUGCAUUUUAGAGCCCAUUUGCUAGUAGAUAGCCGCAAUCUCAAGGAAUCCCUGGAAAGGGCAGAAUGGAGUCUGGGUAUUGAACUGUGGUGCAGCGAAGGAGCGCAAUCCAGUACUCUGGCUCCUGUCUCUUGCCGGGUGCUGAAGCUACACUUCCAGCCAUCCAACGGCUUACACUAUCAUCUGCCUGUACUCUUUGACUACUUUCACCUGUCAUCCGUCUCUAUCACCAUCCACGCUAGUUUGGUUGCUUUGCAUCAACCAUAUAUAAAGAAAAGCAUAAUGCAUUAUGUUCAAAGUUGUACGCCUCGCUCCAGCAAACAAUGGGGCAAACUGAUGAAAAGCGCCGGUUCCUUCAGUGCUUCAGGAAGUUUCGAAAAUAUCCUCUUUGGCUCUGGAGUAAAGUGUGCUGGUGGCAACUCAAGCAAAAUUGCACAUGCUAGGCAAGUCCAUGCUGAAGUAUGUGCCAUUUUACUUGGAUCGUUAGAAGGGCUACAAAGUGCUUUAUCUGUUUGUGGAUCUACGGGUGUCACGCUCACUCCAGACGAAUCAUCCAGCUCCAUUGUAGGAGAAGUCUCCCAAAGAAUGAAGGAUCUCAAUGAUCUUUGCAAGAAAGCUGAAACUGGGGAGGAAGAGGAAUGGGCGAUGGGUGCAGCACACGAUAUAGCAAGGUUGUGCGCUGAGGUUACACUACGAUGGCGUGCCUUCCUCCAUCACACUACUGAUAGACCUCAUGUACACCAUGCCCUAGCAGCAAGACAUCAUGCACUUCGCAUUAAGCGUUUCUCCGAAUGCUUUUUUGUCCUAGACAAUCCUCGGCAUUCUCUUGCCGGUUGCUAUGACAGUAAUUACCAGUCGUAUCAAAGUGUUGGCGAUGUGGCUCGCAGAUCGCGGUAUUUGGCCCUGCUUCCCCCACUGCCUGUCCACUGCAUUGCAUUAGAUGGCGAUCCACAUAUUAUGCCCAUCAUUUUCGAAGACAGAUAUCAAGAUACAGCAGAAUUUGCUAGACGGCGUUCGUUUUUGAAUUCUAGUGCAAGUAAAUCUGGAAGUGAUCCCUUCUUAUGUUCAGAACCUAUUGCUGAUGACUGCGCGUGUAGUGUGAGUUCCAUGGUGGAUUCACGAAGACCUUCUUCUGAAGCAUCAAGAGUAACUCUAUCAUUACCAAAAUCCAUGGUUGAUGUUUUGGAAACCCAAUAUAAUACAACAAAAAAUAACCCAAACGUUGUCCAAGCUACGCUUACAUUAGCACCCCAAAAGUCUGCACGAGGAUCACCCAAAAGAACCUUAGUCAAGCAAAAUGUAGUUGAACAUAAGAAGCCACAUAAUAAAAAUUUAGAAUUGACAGGACGUAAUAGAUACAUUGUUCAGAAUAAUGAAAUUGCUGAAAUACAAUUACCACUAAAUAAUGUAUUUUCAUCAUGUCCGCUUCAACAAGGACAACAACUAUCAAGAUACUCCGCCUCCACUUUAUUAGAUAUGAAUGGUCCCAAAAAUACUAAAAUUGCUACAAGGUUGUCAAAUGACAAAAAUCAUCCCAGCGAAGUGUUUGAUCAAAAGCAUGAGAAUAUAACAAGUGGUGUAAGUACACUUCCUGCGAGACACAGUAAAUCACUGGAUCAGCUUAGAAUUUCUCAAAUGAAUCCACUUAAUAUUCAAACUUUAUCAAAAAAUGUGAGAAACAGUUCUAAUGUUUCUGUUAACAACUAUCUUAUGUCUCAAUCACAUACGAAGCCUACUACACUUCCUAGAAGUAUGACAACAACAGCCUAUCCAACUAAUACUACAACUCGAUGCUCAUCUAAAAAUGAAGAAUAUAGAAGAAACAUUAACGAGUUUCGGGAAAAAUAUAAAAAUCCCAAUAGUCCUCAGAUAUCAAACAAUGAAGUUUUUCAUAAUUCAGGGUAUAAUUGUGAUGGAGGGAUGAAAUCCAAUUCUAAUAAAAUUUAUGGCUAUGCCUUCGGAAAUCAGGGUGCAAUGCAAGUAAAUAAUGUAAUUCGAAAUCCCUUAGAAUUCCAAAGAGGCUAUUCUCUAAAUUUACCCCGUCCUAUGUUGCCUCCGCGUAACUCUUAUCCACCAGUUAGUGGAAAAGCUCAAUCGACUGAUCAAAGUAGUUUGAUUUCUAAUAAACAUGUUCAUAGAUCUAACUCUACACAUGUCUUUCAUCAAAUUGAUGAUGAACAGAUUGAUAUCGAAGCAGCUCGCAAUCAGUUACGUCAUGAGCUUAAUUAUUAUUUACAAAAAGGUGACUGGAGCUAUGAUUUCAAUACCGGUAGUCUUAUUCACAAUUAUCAGAAAAAAUCAAGCAAAAGCAGUGAUGAUAGUGGUUUUGUAAUGACUUUAGACCGCAGCAGUGAUGGAACAUCUAAGUCAACAUAUUCAAAAACUCCACCGUCAACGCCACAUUCAAAUAUGCCUUCACUGAGGCAAAAACGCAGUAGAUCUAAAGAAUCGCGUUUAAAUCAUGGCGGCAAGGAAAAUACAAGAAUAAAUUCUAGCAGAGACUCAUUGAGUAGCCAUCACUCUAUAAGAUCAAGAGAUAGCAAAUCUGACAAAUUCACAUCAAAAUCAGAACGAAGCACUCCAAAAUCUGAUAGAGACACCCCUAAAUCUGGUGGAUUGACGCCUAGGUCUGGCUUGGCAACACCAAAAUCUGGACGAGCGACGCCAAAAUCUGGAGCAACUACACCAAAAAGUGGACGAUCUAGUGGAAAACCUGAUAAACGAAGUAAAUACAAAGCUUCUGAAAAAAUGUCCCAGCUUAUGUCUGAAGCAGCUUCUUCGUCAAGUGAUGAAAGCAUUCCAUUUGAACUCAGACGUGUUGAGACCUCAUCUAGUGUUCCUUACAGUCUUGAUCAUGGAUCUGAACUUCGACAUUGUAGAAGCGCUGCAUCAGUUUUGGAGGAGCCAAAUUUGAGUAAUACUUUCGGUUCCGAAUCUCUACCAAACUUAGCACCUCCACCAGCUUUUGAAUCUCCACCUUUAGAUAUUGACGACAAGGAUUUCAAAAUACUACCACCUGAAAAUUUUCUUAACAAAGAAGAGAAAAUAAAUAAUAAGAGUUCCACAUCGAGCUUAAGUGAACAAAGCGGAUGGGUAUCUAGUGGACGAAGUUCUGGGCCUUCAUCUCCCGACAAUGCUAGUAGCGUGAACCAAAGUAUUCCUCAACCAAAAUCAUCGUUAGCGUCAAAAGAUUCCACCAAAACCUAUGAAUCUCCUAGUGAAGUUCAGAAACGAGAAGCGGAAAAUUUUGAAGACUUUAAAAAAAGUAUUUUAAAUGGUGAACAAUUAAGAGAGCGUCUUAUGAAACUAGCCGUUAAGUGUGAUUCAAAUAAUUCUGAAGAUAAGGUAGAAUGCUGUGAUAAGGAAGUAUGUGAGGAAUGUGCUAUAUGUAGUGAUUCGAUAUGUACGGACAGUCAAUGUGAAUAUAAUAAAUAUAUGCAUAAUAAUGGCGUAGAUAUCAGCUGUAAUUCAGAUACAUGCAUUGCUAGCUGUCAACAGUGCUCUGAAGAUAGUGUCAAAUCAAGUCAAAGACAUAAUUCUUUUAGUGCAGGUCAAAACCCAGGUAAUUCAUACAAAUCAAAAUCAACCAAAGAAGGAGCCGUUAAAAAAUCACAAACAGUAUGUGAUAAUUUACACCCAUAUAUAAGAAAAGAAAUACCAUCUAAGACUCCAUUAGUACCAGUCAAAUCAAAUACACUAGAUAAAACGAAAUUGAGAGACAGAAUAGAAUAUACCGAAAAGCUGAUUGCAGCUGAAAUAAGAAGCUUAACCGUAGGACGUCCUUGUAAAAGCCACACAACUCCAGAUAAUCCUAUUACAAAUUUACAAAAUCAACAUGGAAAAGCAAGAUCAGAAAUCAAUCUAAGUCACUUCAUCGGGGAUAAUGAUUACGAACAUUUACCUCCUCCCCAGCAAUUUAGAGAUGCACCACCACCUCCAGAUCAAUUUAAGGAUCCGCCAUCAAAGUCUCCUAAACUAAGCCGUGAAAGCAGUAAAUCAUCAACGCAUUCUAAGAGUCGGAAAAUAGAACAACCUACAAGCUUGCAACUAGACAAUCCCUUAUAUCACGUCUGCGAAGGAAUACUAGAAAGACGCAAGUUAAGGCCUCAAAAAUCCUCAAGCGCCUCAGUAUCGUCUGGUGGCAGUACACUUAAUAAAAGUCAAAGCACUGGAGAACUUGCUUCUAGACAUGAAAAUGGUAAUAACAAAGAGCAACGUGAAAGUAAUCUUGUCAGCAUAUUUGGACUAGCCGAGUCGGAAAGAUUGUUUGUUAAAUGUAGAGAAGAGUUUCGACAAAGUGUAAAAUAUCCAGGAGCAAUUUACUCUGAUUUUCCACCAGUUGAAAAUUCUUUACCAUAUUUUCAGAUCAGUGAUGAGUACAGAAUGUUUAACCCUGAAGGUUUACACUUAAUUAUAUGUGUUCAUGGAUUGGAUGGAAAUGCUGCCGACUUACGAUUAGUUAAGACAUAUUUAGAACUGGGUUUACCUGGAGCGCGCUUAGAUUUCCUGAUGUCUGAACGAAACCAGGGCGAUACAUUUUCAGACUUUGACAUAAUGACAGAUAGACUAGUGCAGGAAUUCUUAACUCACAUACAAAAUUCUAGCGAGCCAGCUCGAAUUAGUUUUGUAGGGCAUUCCUUAGGCACUAUUAUUGUAAGAUCAGCUCUUGCAAGACCACAGAUGAAACCAUAUUUAAAUAGGCUACAUACAUUCCUUUCGCUAAGUGGACCACAUUUAGGAACUUUGUAUAAUUCAAGUGGUAUUGUUAAUGCAGGAAUGUGGUUCAUGCAGAAAUGGAAAAAGUCAGGGUCUCUUCUGCAAUUAUCACUUCGAGACUCCUCUGAUCCGCGUAGAUCAUUCCUUUACCGUUUGAGUGAGAGAAGCCAGUUGCACCAAUUUAAACACAUCCUAUUAUGUGGCUCCGGUCAAGACAGAUACGUCCCUUUACACUCGGCGAGACUUGAGUUAUGUAAAGCAGCUGCAAAGGAUACGUCUUUAUUAGGUCAAGCUUACAGGGAAAUGGUGCACAACAUGGUUUCACCUCUUGCAGCCAGAGCAUCAUCGGUGGCCGUUGUCCGCUAUGACGUGCAACAUGCACUUCCACACACUGCCAGCGCCUUCGUGGGCCGGGCGGCGCAUAUCGCGGCCCUCGACUCCGAUCUCUUCAUAGAAAAGUUCCUUUUAGUCUCAGCUCUCAAAUACUUUAGAUAAAACUAGAGUACGGAAACACACUAAAAUUCUAAUUAUAUUGUCAUUCAUUCAUAAUCGUUCGCCACAUAACCAAAGAUAAGAUUCACUCAUCUUAUAAUCCUAAAAGCCACGUCUUUUUAUCCCUAAUUUGUAACAAUGUCCCCUUUGAAUUUUUAUUCCCAAUUAUCUUAACUCUUAUCUGUGGUUUAGGUUCGUAUUCCAGAAAGCAUCUUAAUACUUAAUCCGUGAUCAAAUGUAUUUUAUUUAUCACUUCAAUUCAGUUCGGAUAUUGGGACACGUUCUGAAAUACGGAAAUUAGAGGUGAUUGUCAUCGAUAAGUGUUAUAACUAAUAGGAAACUAGAAUUAGGUCGUCGUCAAAAUGUCGACAAACUGCAUUUUAUCUGUUGAAAUACCCUUAUAUAGUGUAUAUAAUAUAAAAACACCUCUGACUUAUUAAAAUUUAUGUCUGGCUUGAAAUGGCAAAAAUCGUAGGCCCAAACAAUUUAAGGCUAGAGAAUUAAUGUAAUUAGUUCGCAGAGAUCAUAUUAUUAUUUGCACAUAAUUAUCUAUCAUUUGCUUGCAUUUAUGGAAUUUUAUCUUUAGCAACAUUUAUUGGUGCAUAUAAUAAAAAAUAUACAAAUAAUACAAAGUAUGUAUACAUUAUUAUUUGUUAUAAUAUCUAUAUGUCUGUUAUAGAAGUCUGUUCCGUUAUGUGGUAUUUAGGAAAAAUCUUUGAAGGAACUCCUUUAAGAUAGGGUCGACCGACAAUAUUACCUACGUCUGACUCUAUCAUGAAAUUAUUGUUAAAUUCAUUCAAAUUUCGGGGCAAUUUAUAACUAAAACAUUGAAUUUACAAUUUCGUCAAAAUAAACCCUGCACAAUAAUAGUAUAUAUACUUUGGAAUAGUGAUACGAUUUAAAAAUUUAUAUCGCAAUUUAAUUUUCUUAACAUAACAUCGUUUUUGGAAAAUAGCUUUUGUGUUUGAUUUCCUAAUCACAUGUCACAAUUUCCUAAAUAAUUGCAUAAUUUGGACAUUUAGAUGACAACGACAAAAAUUUAACAAAUAUUUAAAAUGUUAUAAAUGAUAAUAUUUAGGGUUAACUCCACUAAGUUUCAUAAAAUCACUUCGAGACGCCAAACGCUGGCAAACCUUAGAUCAUUUAUACGUCCAGAUAUACUAUGACAGCUGUGAAACGUCGAAAAAAAGUUCAGUUCUGAAUUAAUCUCUAUUUUGAGCAAUGCACGCACAAUAACACAAAGUGUCAUACAAAUCGCGGAUGUAAGACGCAGCUUCUCACGCACACUAAAGUAUAAAGCUGGCCUGUUUUAAUCGGUUGUCUAACAGCAGGAGACUCUAUAAAUUAUCUAAGGCUGGAACGUGUGACUGUGAAUGAAACCUAAAUAUAAAUAUUUCUAUAGCAAUAUAUUAAACAUUACUAAAAUUAUAAAUGUUUGAUUACAAACUAUUAGAAACUUCUGAAUUUAUAGCUUUAUCUGCAUCAUGAUAAUCAUUAUACAAACACCAGAAAGCGUAAGGAUGUAAUUAUUAGAUUUAAGUCGGAUCUUUACACCAAAUAAUUAAGACUACAUAGAUGUGUAGAUAUAAUUAUGUAUUGUAGGUGUUAAUUGUAUUAGAAUUUUAAUGAUUGUUGUGCAAACGGUGUCUUAGUCCCAGUGUCUUACGACAUUUACGAUUGGCAUAAAAUAUAAACAUGUUUACGCAAUGUCUAUUAGGGUUUAUUUUUAUUUACAACUCGAUCACAUUAUUUGCAGACUGAUAUUUAGAGCAUCAUGUUGACUAACUUGUUAACUAUCACUACAAAGAUACGUGCAGCAUUUCUGCGAUGGAUAGACUGAUCCGUUGGCCGAAUUAGCUGCCAGCGCUUGGGCUUCCAAAAGCCCUACUUAGGCGCGCUGACUUUGUCCUUUCUCCGCGCCUCGACCCCACGGUCCAAGUGUCUCGACAACAAACGGCACAAAGAUACAUGACUCGCUGAGACCGACUUAUUUGCGAUGCUAACUGUCUUCGGCAGUCCAAGCAGCAGCAGGCACCAACUGAAGAAGCUUGGACACGAGAAAGAGGGUGUCGAGACGAAUGUCGCGUCCCACACCCUUCCCCGUGCGGCCUGCCCAGGCUGCUUGGCUCAUUCCAUCAGGACGCUUGCCAUCACGUCGGGUAAUAAUUCCAUCAAUUGGCACUAAAUUUAUUACUUAAAUUCAAUACAAAGUGUCCCCAUUCUUGUAAAUAAUUUGACCUGUUUGACCUUUGGCACAUUGUUAAUUUUCGCGCUUCGAUCGCUUGUCUAUUCUUGUUUGCCGAAUCAAAUUGAUCCAAGAAUCUUGUGUCUUCUGCAAGUCUCCUGCAUUAUUUUAAUUAAUUACUUAAUUUUAUUCAAUUAAUUACUUUUUAGUACAGGCUGAGCUUAUAAUAUUGAUGCGACAGGUCGAGGAGGUAAGGGGUCUACAUCAAAAGGAUCGACACAUGUUCAAAUAAUGUAACCGGAUUGUAAAAAUAUAACAUUAAAGAUAUACUAUAUAUAGGUACACAGUGAAUUAUUAAUUGAAUUAUUUAACCGGUACGACAUUUUUAUUACAUCGCCAAUGAUUUUGUAGUUUUGAAUUAAAUUGAUUUUUUUUACCGCCUUUAUAUCUAUUGUUUUUUUAUUGUAUUCUGUGGAAUUUCUCUUUAUUUCUACCUAUGUAUCAGUAUCUGGUUAUUUUUUAUAUUUAUAUAUCCUGUAAGUUUGAAACUUUUAAUUAAUUACAAGAUCUUUUUGAUAAGGUGUGUUAUUUAUAAUAUAUAGGUUUCUUAACAAAUCCUCUCUCUCUACAAACACAAAAUCUAUUCGUGAUUGUAAAUUUAAACGAAAAUUAGACUGAUAUUUUAAAUUUCUCGACUGGUAAAUUUCGAUAGAUUUCUCACAUUUAUUUUAAUUUAUAAUCUUUAUUUGUAGGUUCUUCGUAAUUCAACAUGAUAAUAUAUUAUAAUUAUUAUUAAUAUAUCUGUCCAUGUUUGUCUCUAUAAGUAUUGUAAUUAUCUGUAGGUAUUUUAUACAGAGCUUAAUCUGAAGAAAACAUUCUUAAAAGGAAUGCACUCAUAAACCACUCGUAAGCAAAAUGUCUAUUACUUACCUAGUUACGAUAAGAAUGUAAUGAAUGAAAUUUUACGGUAGAAUUAGUUUCACAUAUUAAUAAUUAAUUUUGUCCGAAAUUUUUAUCAAAGUUUUGUAGUAAAAUUAUUUCAAAUGGGUGUGCUUAAAUAUAAACACCUAAGUAUGAGUAGAUAAUAUCUACAUGUAAGCCAUGAAUUGUAAUAAUUGGGAUUUUGUAUAUGUAUAGUAUAUAUAAUAUAUAUACUUUAAUUUUGUUUGUAAAAUGAACUCGUAUGUAUGAUCGACGUAUCGAUGUUAUACAAUUGAUAUAAUUAAUAAAUAUGCCUCGAACUGGA